UAGCUCGAUCGGCAGGGCUGCAACGCACCUUGCCAUGUCCAUCUUCCAUCAAGACAGACCGGAAGCGCCGGGCAACCACGUAUUGUCCUCUGGCCGCGAGGUAGGCGCGAGCGAUUCGUCGACCAUGGUGUCCAUAAGUACCCGUCUCUUUCCCGCGUCUCGAACCCUCAUUCACUCCACUCCCAGAACCAAACUCGUAGUCAACAUCCAACUAGACAAUCUCCCACAAUCACAUUUCUUUGCUCGGAAGAUUACCACCACCCAGCAGCAAUUCAGAAUGUCGAACCCCAUCCCCUACGCCACCCUCGGCCGCGACGGCCAAGUCGCUGCGAAGCUCCAUACCCUUCUCAUGCCCGAGUACGAGCUCGUCCACGCCUGCCUCAACCUCGAGCAAGCCCGUGCUGAACUGCCCAACGUCUGCUCAGGCGUCCUGGACACGUCCAUCGCUUCCAAAAUCGGCACCAACGUCGACCGUCCCGUCGCGGAGCGCAAGACGCCCAAGGCACUCGUCUUUGGCGGCGGGAUCCCUGACCAGGAGGUUGAUGCCGUCAUGGCGGCUCUGAAGGAGAAACAGCCGCCUGCAGAGGUCAAAGUGGUGCGUGUUACGAGGGAGGAUAUCCUGGCCACGGGGGCACCGGGCCCGAGCCCCGAGGCGAUUGCCCAGGUCCUCAGACAGAAGCUGGGUGCGCUGGUCCAGAAUGGGGAGUUGUAGACAUUUUGCUUCGAAAGGGGGGACAGUGGUUGUACGGAACAGUGUGGUAUGAAAUGUGAUGCAAGCGGUGGGGUGUACGCAGUUGUUUAGGUACGAGUGACGGGAAGCUCAAAUCAGCAGUCAGCCUGCGGAGAACGGGGAAGGGUUACUAUUCACCUACCCAAGUGGGAAGCUAUCGCCAGGGCCCCGAAUUACCAAUUUCAUCAGCCAAACAAUUCUUUCAGCAGAUGCCUCCAAACAUCUUCUGCAAGCGCUCGUAGCGGAUGCGCUCCCACAUUCUGACCGCCGCCUGCCCCUUGUUCUGAGUCGCCAGCCUUGUGCAGAGAAGCAGCCAGCAUCACGCUAUCCUCCAUGGUUUAGUCAGCCCGCUAGAUCGAUGUCGACAGGAACGGAUGCGCGGCGUUUCCAAUCAACGCCGGCCGCGCCUUGGGGAACAAUAUGUCGACGGGGAAUCAAGCUU